AUGGGCCCCACUGGGGAGAGGGAGGAGCUGGAAAGCUACGGGCUGGCAGGGGUGCUGCGCUGCGAGGCCGUGCUGCCCAGUCCCCGCGCCCACUCCCUGCUGCUCCUCGUGUGCCAGGAGCCCCAACAGACCCAGACCGACGCCCACUUCUUCCAGUGCACCCACAUCGGGGCGGAGCCGAUCCGGGAGGAUAUUAACAGUGCCCUGCUGGACUUCACAUCGGGGAGCAACGCUCAGAGGAAAGAAGCGCUCAGAGCAAACAAGGAGAAGAUGCAGAAUGGGGCACCACCGACCCCUGGGGGGACAGGCUCCCGGCCCCCACCUCCCCACAGGAAGGUGGUGAUCACCCCCUCAGCCACUCUGAAUGAAACGAAGACACAGACUCAGAGAGACGCAGCUGACCCCUUGGACCCAGGCGCGCUGCGGAUUGAGCGUGAUGUGGUGGUGGAGUCAUCGGGGGGCCCAGAGUUCGCCAGCGAGAUCCGCUCCCCCAUGCUGACCCUGGAGGCUGUCACCCUGCUGCGGGGCUGCCUGGGGGCCCAAGAGGCCGAGCUGUGGGGCUCGCUGGGGGAUGACUGGACCCGGCCCAGGGUGGAGUUCCCCGGGGACUACGCCGCCCCUUAUACCCUGAGCUUCCAAAGUGGCUGGGCACCGCCCCGCCUGGGCCCUGACGGGCAGCCCUGGGAGGACCCGGUGGAGACCCAGCACCGGCAUGAAUUGCGCCGGGCACAGGUGACUGGCGUGGGGAAGAGCUCGCAGUACCAGGAUAGGGGGUAUCAGUGGGAGGGGCUCCGAGGGGCACUUGGCCUGACUGUCCCCCCUGCCCCUCCCAGGACGGUGAGCACCCUGGGGGUGCUGAACGGGUCCCAGCUCUUCUCGCUGUCCAAAGCCGAGUUCCAGGCCGUGAGCCCCGAGGAAGGAGCCAGAGUCUACAGCCAGGUCACCAUACACAAGGCCAUGCUGGAGGACUUUAGGAAAACCUCCGAACUGGAAGCUGUGAUGGAGAAACGGAAGAGGAAAUUGGAGGGCGAGACAGAAGCAUCCCGCUCGUGAAGAAGGCAAGGACAUGUUGCCCCCCCCCCAGCUGACAGAGCUCCCCCCACUGGCGAGGGUGCUGCUUUGGGGGCUGGAUCACCGGACCCCCACCUGGCUCUCAGACUUCCCCCUCCCCAGCUCUCUGUGAGGGCAUCUCCCCGAACUAGACACGCUAAGGACCUCUGCAUGGGUAUAGAUUUCUUCACGGGCAUCUGGCUACCACCUGCUCCAUUCAGGCUACCACACCUCUUAAAGGAACAGCCCCCAGCGCAUAUGUGUUGUUGUUGUUUUUUACUUCCACUAUUUAUUUAAGAAAGGGGGCAAACUUUGAAAUGUAGCCCCCCCCUUUCCCCUCCAAAUGGUAUGACCUCCCUUGUCCACAAUCUCCCCUCUGUUCCCCCCAAGUGGUACAACUUCUAUAUUCCAACCCCCUUGCAUUUCAACUCACGUGGUACAGCCCCCCCAGUCUGCACCGCCCCUCCCCGUUCGGUAUAAUCUCCAACACUGCUUUUUCCUCUCAAGUGGUAUGUCCCCUCCAUUUUCUCCCCCCAAAUGGUACAACCACCACCCCCCCUAUUUUCUCAAUUGGUAUGUACCCUAUUCUCCAAGUGUGACUCCCCAGCCUUGGAAACUCCCCAUUGCCCCUUAAAUGGUACCACCUCAGUCUCCACAGUGCCCCUUCCAUGUCCUCCCUCCAGAAAUGGUGUGACCCCCCCUACUCAUUGUUCAGCCCCCCCCACUGGACCCAGCAGAGCUGAGGCUAGGGGGCGCCAGGGAAUCAGAGGACCUCAUUGCAUGUAGUACCCCCUGUGGCCACCAGAGGGGGAUGCUCUGUGCUAGGCAGUGCCACCAGUCCUAAGGUUGCUUAACGGUUUCCAUUCCCAGCUCCCUUUUUGCGGAGCUGCUUAUAACUCAGCCAAACCAGAAUGGCCGGGGCUGAAAGUUCCCAGCUCUGCAGCAGGCUGGGUUGGGGGAGGGGGGAGGAUAUUCGGGGCAAAUUGAUUCAGCCAUUUUCGAGAGGGAGGCCGCCGGAGGGGAGACGUACACGCCCUACGUGCCCUUCGCGGCUGCUCGGCUCCUUCCUAAGGGGGGUCGACUCUCCCCACCCCCCCAAAAAAGGAGGGGAAAAGCAAUAAAUAGUGGGAAAUGUUGACCCUUCGGGGCCUUUUCACAAGUGCAGUAUAUAUAUGGGGCGACGAAUCUGGGUAGUGUUUAUCUCGCGUGAAUAAAACAUGCUACAA